CUUAUACAACUAAAUUGGUGUGACACAAUUAAGUCAUAAGAUUUCUUGCAUGAUUUAAUCCAGAAACUUCAUUUUAUAUAACUUUUGAUGAUUAUUCAUACAAAAGUAUAAAAUCGUCUGUUUUAUUUCAGUUUAAAACAAUUAACCAAUUGCAAGCAUUCGAGAAGUAUUUGGAGAUUAACAACAAGAUGACUAGUAUAUUAAAAACAGUGGGAUCUGCUGUGACUGGCAAAUUUUUGGAGAAACCCAAGUAUGAGAAGACAUCUACUGGUAGUUCUGAUGAUGGUAUAGAGGAAAGACAUUAUGAAGCAGCCAAGUGGGUCAGUACCAAAACAAUGGGCAUGAACCGUGAAGAAGCAGUGAGCACUGGAUUUAAUAGACUGUUUAAAUACAUCACAGGAACUAACGAAAAAAAUCAGAAGAUAGAUAUGACUGCACCAGUAACAACAAAAAUUCUUCCUGGAGCUGGUCCAAAUUGUGAAAAUACUUUUACCACUUCAUUCUAUAUUCCAAAUGAACACCAAGACAAUCCACCAAAACCUACAAACCCAGAUGUUUUCUUAGAAGAUAGACCAGCAAUGGAUGUAUAUGUGAAAUCAUUUGGAGGUUUUGCCAAGGAGCAGGACUGGCUCUCUGAAGCACAAAAAUUAACUGAACAAAUCAAGGAAAAAAAUACAAUUAACCAAGGCUAUUGGUUUACAGCUGGGUAUAAUAGUCCAUUUCAGUUGCUUGGAAGGACUAAUGAAGUCUGGUUAGUCAAAAAUAUGGUUAAGGAAUGAAGAUGUUGAAUACAAUAAAUUAUGAAUUUAGUACAUUUGUUUACAAAUAAUGCUGUUAAAUAUCAAGUACAAUGUAUAAACUAACAGAGGCAAUAAUGUCAAUACAUGUAUGGAGUUUAACAAACUAUAUGUUUAAGAUAAUUGAUUUUAGUAAAAACAAAAAGAUAAAGGGCAAUCAUCAAUUAGACAGCUAUCUAACAUCAGAUAUUGAUCAAAACAGACUUUUAUAAGGUCAUCACAGGAUCUUCCAAUGAUUUUAUAUAGGUCACAGCAAGAUCUUCCAAUGAUUUUAUAUAGGUCACUGCAUGUUCUUCCAAUGAUUUUAUAUAGGUCACCGCAUGAUCUUCCAAUGAUUUUAUAUAGGUCACUGCAUGAUCUUCCAAUGAUUUUAUAUAGGUCACUGCAUGAUCUUCCCAUGAAUGGCAUUUACUUUUACCACAUCAUAUUGGCAAGCUUUGAUAAACCUGGAGUCUGCACACCAACUUCAACAUAACAAGAACAGUAAAAAUACAACUACUGAUUAGAUUUCUGACUUCAGACAUACAUAGAAUCAUGUUGUUCAGACAUACAUAGAAUCAUGUUGUUCAGACAUACAUAGAAUCAUGUUGUUCAGAAAUACAUAGAAUCAUAUUGUUCAGACAUACAUAGAAUCAUGUUGUUCAGAAAUACAUAGAAUCAUGUUGUUCAGACAUACAUAGAAUCAUGUUGUUCAGACAUACAUAGAAUCAUGUUGUUCAGACAUACAUAGAAUCAUGUUGUUGAGACAUACGUAGAAUCAUGUUGUUCAGACAUACAUAGAAUCAUGUUGUUCAGACAUAAAUAGAAUCAUGUUGUUCAGACAUACAUAGAAUCAUGUUGUUCAGACAUACAUAGAAUCAUGUUGUUCAGACAUACAUAGAAUCAUGUUGUUGAGACAUACAUAGAAUCAUGUUGUUGAGACAUACAUAGAAUCAUGUUGUUCAGACAUACAUAGAAUCAUGUUGUUCAGACAUACAUAGAAUCAUGUUGUU